AUGAAGAAGGAAGGACUGGAAAGUGUGAUGACCAGUGGCAGUCGCUCCUCUAAAACUUUCAAACCAAAGAAGAACAUCCCAGAAGGUUCUCACCAGUAUGAGCUCUUAAAACAUGCAGAAGCCACACUUGGUAGUGGCAAUCUCCGCAUGGCAGUCAUGCUUCCUGAGGGGGAAGAUCUGAAUGAAUGGGUUGCAGUUAAUACUGUAGAUUUCUUCAAUCAGAUCAACAUGCUUUAUGGAACCAUUACAGACUUCUGUACAGAAGAGAGUUGUCCGGUGAUGUCAGCUGGACCAAAAUAUGAGUAUCAUUGGGCAGAUGGAACAAACAUAAAGAAACCUAUUAAGUGCUCUGCACCAAAAUACAUUGACUACUUGAUGACCUGGGUUCAGGACCAGUUAGAUGAUGAGACAUUAUUUCCAUCAAAAAUUGGUGUUCCAUUCCCAAAGAACUUCAUGUCUGUGGCAAAAACUAUUCUUAAACGUCUUUUUAGGGUUUAUGCUCACAUUUAUCAUCAACAUUUUGAUCCUGUGAUCCAGCUUCAGGAGGAAGCACAUCUCAACACAUCUUUUAAGCACUUUAUUUUUUUCGUACAGGAAUUCAACCUUAUUGACAGAAGAGAACUUGCACCACUCCAAGAACUGAUUGAAAAACUCACCUCUAAGGACAGAUAAAAGCAUGCAAGAAUGUGCAGAUUGUUUCUUAAAUGAAGCAGUGUGGAGUGCAUUUGGAUUUUUGUUGUAUUUUGUUUUAUUUGGAUUGUUCUUGUUGGGUUUUGGGGAUUGCUUGGGUUUCCUUUUCUUUAUUCCCAAUAUUGAAACCAUAUUCUAUUGCUAUUGGAAGCCAAGAACCAUUUGCUAUAUUUGAAAGGGGUAAAUUUUAUCUUAGUGGAAUAUAGUUUUUGUUGUUUUUUUAAACCUGGCUUUGGUUACUUAGGACUUUAUUCUUUUUUGUAAAGAAAAUUGUGUGUGAAAAAAUUGCUUACUAACUGAACUGCUGAUGUCUUGGGGUCUGUGUUGUGUAAAUUGUGGCCCAUUUUUGAAGUCUCCAAAAAAUUUAUGUUUUUAAGUGCCUUGGCAGGCUCACUUCUGAGGUGCAAAGCACGGACAUAGACCUGAACAGAACUCGAAAUAAUAUUAGGAUUACUACCCAGGGCACUUACUGGUGCAUGUUGUAAAAUAAUCUGUCAUAAAAGCCAUAGUUUAUCUAAAUUGAUGAUCUCCAGCUUUUACUACAUUGGACAAACAUAAUUUGUAAAGGUGUGCAUGUAGAACAUAAAGAUGUAGAACAAGAAAAAAUUAUUUCUUAAUUAUUUUUGAUAUUGACAGUAAUAUAUUCUGUUCAACAAAUGCUUAAAGUUCUACAAGCAGGUCUUUUUCCAUCUCUUAAUAUCUGUGAUAUUGAAACUUGAGGAUGUUGAAAUGUAAUACCUAUUGCAUUUUGGCUUCUUUCUACAUAUUAACUGCACUAUAAGUGUAAAACUUCAGGUUAAUAUAGGAUUGCCAUCUUGAGAGGUGAUGCUGAACUGUGAGGUUUCCUAGCAAUUGCCAAAUGAGCCAUAAGUCUACAGAAUCCCUUUCUACUUCAAAGAGGAGGGAAAAGGAGAGUGUGCUUGAUUUGGGGUAGUUUGGGGAGUUAAAGAUAGGAUUAAAUAUGGAGAGUCAAGUUCUAGAAAGUCCUGUCUUACAACCCUUAUAUAGAAUGGUAUGAGAUUUUAAUAAAUUACUUAUAAACAGAGUCUUAGAGACUUCCUUUUAGAAGAAUCAACUUCCAUGAGAAGUUAAAAAUAAAUUAUUAAUUUUAGGUACAGAUAUUAACCAUAGGAAAUUGAUCACUUUUUAGCAUUUCCAUUCAAUGAAUGGAGUUGGUGUUCGCCUAUCAUUUUAAAAUGAUACAGUACCUUUCUUUGCUUAUUAUAGGCCCAGUUUGAAGCAUUCUGACUUCUGAUUUUUCCACUGUGAAAGGAAAUUUUUUUCUUUGCAGUAAUAAACAAUGAAAAUGCUAACUCAGUAGUUACUUUUAAAUUUGUUAAGACUUCUAGUGAGUUACUACUAUUAAUAACAAGAAACUUAGUUUUUUAAUGUGUUUUACCUCCAGAGUCAUUUUUAAGAGAUACUCUGAAUAGAUUUCAGAUUAUCAAUUUUUUUUUACUAGUUUUGAUAAAUCUGCUUCCUCAAUUAGAAAAAUACCAUUCCUGCAAUUAGAAAUAUAUGCCUUUUUCUUGGUAGGCUAGAAACGCUUGCUUUGAAAUUGUAUAGAUUCUAAGCAGUUAGCAGGAAAGAAUUUAGAAUGAAGUAAAUUUGUUUCUGACAUUAAUAGAACAGUGAUAAAAUUUACUAAUCACGAACUGCCUUUUUCUCCAUUCAUUUCUAUCAGUUUUUUACCUACCAAGUACUAAUAGUUUUCUCCAUUCAUUUCUAUCAUUUUUUUACCUACCAAGUACUAAUAGGGUAAAUAUCAGGAGACCCUGGCAGAGGCAAAUAUUUUGGGCAUUUAUUGGUUAUACUUAAGGGAGCUAACUGAUUCCUUAAAACAAAUUUUCAGUAUUCAAAGAAAUAAUAUCAACCACUAUAGGCUAAUUGAAAAAAGAAUUAUAAUGUCAUAAUUUUUGAGUUAUAGGAAUGAAGCAAGUGACAACUCAAAUUGUCUUCCAUGUGGCAUUUGACUUUAUAACAACCUAGUAAUGAAGGAAUUGCAAUAGCCAAGUGUAGAGUGAAAAGUGAAAGGCUUUUCUUGUUCUUUUAAGCUUUAUAUAGUAGCACACUAUAGAAACGGAAAAAUAUUCUGUAAAUUAUAAUUGGUAAUAGAAUUUACUUUCUUAAUAUAUGUAGAUAGGAUUUUGUUUUCACUGUGGCAGAAUCUCGGGUGUCUGUUUCCAAGUAGUCACUUAAUCAGUUACUGGGAGGUAGGAGGUCUCUAUGCCUAUGGUAACAAAGCAUAGAAAUUCUCCUAGGGAGAGGCCUGGCCUUUGUCUAUGGUGUUAGGUGAAAAGAAGCAAAAACACUUGCCAGAGAAUAGAUUGAUUUAUUAAAAAUUAGUUUUAAUUUAAUUGGUUCCUAUGAGAGAAAAACAGCCAUUAUAAAACGAUCAUCACAGCUUGAUUUGGAAGCAGAGCUUGCAUAAAUAUCUAUUAGACUUUUUCAUGUUUUUUUAAUUUAUAAAUAACCAAGAUUUUUAUUUUUUCCCCCAGCUCUAUACAAAAUA